GUUGAGUUUUGAGUUUUACCGUGUACUGUGUGUCUUAAAGUAGCGGUAGUUAAUUAGUUUAUGUAGUCAUAAUUAAAACAAUACAUUUAAACGGGUAGAUUCAGAACCACCGGAUUAAGACAAUCCGUCUGGUUCUGGUUCCGCUAAACGCGAACCUACAGACUUAACACCUAGCAUUCAUAAAAAAGUAGAUCAUAAGGACGCCAUUAGCAUCAUAACAAAAUAUUUAUUUAUACCCACACUGAUUUUUAGAAAAGAAAAUAAAUAUGCAGAUUUGCCUUUCAUAAUCAAUCUUAACAUUAUUCUAUCUAGUAUCUCGCCUCCUUUUAUUGUAAUUGGGGACUUCAAUAGCCACAGGUUUUUCAAAUUCAGUGUAGUUUGAAGUAGUAGGGUUGAAGGACAUAUUUCCUCUUGUGGCCAGUUUGACUAGCUUCUGCUGGCAUAUCAUCAAGUUCCUCGUACAUAUGUGUUUGCUCUCUUGUUGGAGUGAAAUAGAGCAAAGAAUUUCCUAUCUCAGCUUUGAACUCCAAAUAAUCCAGUGUCCUUUUUAGAAGUCUUCAGCGUUAGGGGUUCUUUCUGGUACACCAACCAUCCUGCAGCUGCUGCAAAAUUGAAUAAAUGGAAUAUCAAUCGAACUCUCCAUUUUUUUUAGCUUGCCCUUAUUCUAUAAAAGGUAAUAGUUACUAAAACAUUUCCUGUUAAGCCAUUACUGUUUUACCUAAAAAUAAUGAAAUUAUAAAAAUUUAAAGCUUAAAAGAUGAUUUCAAAGUUCACAAAAUAUGAAAUGUAAAAAUCUAAUAAUAUUAUAUGAUAUUAUUUCACGGAUUUGUUUUACAUGACAAUAAUAAAAAUAAUAUAAAACAUUUAUUGAAUAUAAGUGAAUAUAAAAUUUUCUUGUGCCCAACAAUUGCUUAAAGUGUAACUUAGUUUAUAAUAUUGUAUUAUAAUUGCAUUUUCUUGUUACUAUAAUGAAAAUAACAAAUAAAUUGUUAAUGUUAAGUAUCUGAUACUAAAUUUCAAUUUAAUCUUAUAUUAAAUACAGAAUAUUAAACACUUAAGUAAAAAAAAAUACAAUAGCAAAACAACAUGAAAAAAAAAUCUCAAAAUGAUAUUUGAAUAGAAUUAAAAAUCACACUGGUGCGAUGUUACCUUCAAUAUUCUUUAUUCUUUCCGGCUUUAUCUUCUUGGCUGAGGCUCACUGGGCUACAAUUUCUUCUAUUCUUUGUAAAUUAUAUGCUCGUUAGAAUAUUUAUUUUCAUACGUUUGUUAUUUUCUAUAUAUUUUACUUUAAAAAAGAUCAUUAGUAGAUCUUUUAGUAACUUCCUAAAAAAAAUUAAAUUUUGGGCUUUUCCCAUAUUCACAUUUAAUUUUGCUUUUCGUCAAAUCCAGUAUAAUUGUGUCAAUUCCAGUGAAUUACAGUUAAUUAUUUUUUAAUUUAAAUUAUCUGCACGCCUAGGAGUUGCGCUUACAUUGUUGCAGCGCACUGCUUGGCAGGGUCGCCAUAUCCCUUGGGAGGGUGUUAAUGAUAAGCAUGUUGAUCUGUCUUUAUUAAGACUACUCUAAUUGAUUAUUUUUCCUAUCUAUUAAUAAAUGUCUUUAAUGAGUUCUAUAAUAUAAUCUUUACAUCUUGAAUAAUGGGUCUCCCACCCGUGUUAUCUACCCUUCCCAGAGUCCUUAUGUUGUUGUCGAUCUGUCUCUCUGCUCUGCUAAUUUAGCCGCAAGUAUCAAUUAGAGCACUCUAUCGUCUACCUUUGGAAGUGUUCACUUUCCGCUUCUUACCUCAGUCCAGUAGAAGCCUCUCCACUAGGAAUAAAUCUUCCAUUUCCAAGUUUAACAUGUCGAAAUCCAACUAGGAUGCAUAUUUUUCUGAAAUCGAUUUAGUGUUGUUUGGUGUAAGAUGCAGUCUUAAGCUGUGUUUAGUAUUAGUUAUUUCCUCUUUUUUAACAACUUGGUAUUGCUUACGGACUGGAUAUUUCUACUGCAUUGACCAACUGGGCACUCAAUGCAGUCGUUGGAUUUUCUACUGCUAAGCACGAUACCGGCAUUUAUUAUGGAUUUUGGCUUUUCAGAUAAUAAAAACGACUACUUCUACAUUAGACUACGAAAUGCCUACGAAAUUGUGUUAUUUUGGCUGUAAGCUGGAUGUGCCUAUGCAUCGUUUUCCAAAACCUAACUAUAAUAACGAAGUUAGAUUUAAUAUGUGGUUGGCAGUUUUGUCCGUUGAAACAAAACUAAAAGGAACUUCAUAUAUCUUAGGAAAUCUCUACAUAAGUGACAGACAUUUUGAACAAAAUUUUCGCAUGGUUGGGAAAAGACUUACUGCUAACAGUUAUCCUUCUUUAAAUUUAUCUCAACAGUAUAGAGAUUUGGAUAGUGACAACUCGGGAACUGCAAGUUCUGCUGAAGGAACGGUAUCAACUGUUUCUUCAGUGAUUAAUAUUCAAACUCAAAUUUCACAUGCUACUGGAGCAUUUCCACCAAAGGUGAGCCCACCAAGUCCACUUUCAGCGGCAGAACGUUAUGAGGAAUUGAUAAAAAGUUCUUUGGGUGAUGAACCACUUUUAAACGCAUGUGCAAUAAAAGAGAGCCCACCGAGAACUCCAGUUUCAACAGCAGAUUAUAAUAAAAUAUUCAUAAGUGAUACUUUGGAUAAUGAACCACAUUUUAACGCUUCAACAUCACAAAUGGACCCAUUGGAUGUUGGAUUAAAGGAAGAUGUUUCUGCAAAAAUUGAUCCAGAAGACAUAGAAAUAGCUACUACAUUCUCGUGCAUAGGUAUCCGUAACUCGGACCUUAUGAGUGAUGAACAGAUGCAGUCCGUCCAUUAUGCACUCAAUCGAGCCAUCAUGAAGAUAGGGCGUAAGGAAGCAGGACCACGGUUUACUGGCUUCAUUCACAUGCAAGGCUGGAUUCUGGUCAACUGUGCCAACCAGGUUAGCCAGGACUGGAUUGUUCAGAAAAUUGACAACCUGAAACCCUGGCCACAGGCUGAGCUCUCUGUAAUACCGGAGGAUGAAUUACCUCAGGUUCAAGUUGGGACCAUAUUUGUACCUCGCAGCGAAGCGGAAUCUCCCGAAGAGGGUUUUCAGCUACUAAGGGCACAGAAUGAUGGUCUCAACACUGAGCUCUGGACAAUCCUUCAAUGUCGUGACCAGGUGCACGGGUUUUUAGUGACCUUGUCCCUUGACAAUCCAUCAGCGGAUGCCAUCCGAAAGAAAGGUUGCAUAGUUGCUCUUGGCUUCAAAUUUGUGACCUUCAAAAUUUAUGGAAAAUCUUACAUAAAAUAUGAAUCAGAUCUAAACCGUUAUUAAGCUCGAAUUGACGAAGCGCUCUACUGUUUGUGUUUAGAAGAGGGGAAGGAAAAGUAAAAGGAAAUGGACAAGGAAGGGUCAAAACCACAAUAGGACGUCUAUCCUUAGUGAAUAAAAUCCUUUCAUGUAAUAUUCAUGUACCCAUAGUGUAUUGUUACUCGUAUCUUUGGGGUGUAACUAUACUAAAAUAAUAUAGAUCUCGUGGUAAGUACUGCAGGCAAGUCUUGUAUAAAUUAUAAACACAUUGUAUGUAGUAGAGUCACACUGCUGCUAUAUUAUGGUUGUAGCACGAAUGGGUCAGUUCGACCGGAGUGACCGUGACCGUGCUUUCUCAGAAUACCAGUGUAAAAAAAAUGCGUUUUUCGUAUGCUGAGAGACCACCAGAGACCUUUUUUUACUGGAAUAGAGGCAUAUCAUAUUAACCGAUUCAGUGCGGAUGGUACGCCAGGCGUGCCAUCGAUUAUUUUUGUGUGGCGUAUGACAUGCGAGUCGUGUCUUGUUAAACUCGCACAAAUUGCGUUUUUGGAACAUUUAUGCAGAACAAAAUAUUCAUUAUUUUGCAAGUAGUUCAUGCCUACAGCUUCGUUUCUGGAUAUUUUGAGAAUUUGAAAUUUUUAGAGGUUGAAAACCUUUUUUUAAUUUGUACAUGGUACUCUUUACUGUGUGGGUUUUUUUAAAAAUCAUGUUGUGGAAAAAGUCUAAUAAGUAACAAAUAGCAAUCAUUGCGAUCGCUCACAAAUUCAAGUUGUAAAUAAGUUUCUGGAAAACAAGUCUCCUGUUAAAAAAAAAAACAAUGCGUUUGUCUUAUUGUUUAAUUUUGCUUAAAAUGGUUGAACUGCCGUCUUAUUACUAUCAUAUAGCCGAAUAGACCUACGAAGUACCAUGUUCUCUUGUGAUAUGGUAUAAGGUUUAUUUUUGCUUGAAACAGUUCGAACCCUAAUAUAAAAAAAGUUAGCAUAAAAUUGUAUUUUGUCCAUGUCCACGUCUUUAGCCCGCCGUACAGCGCCGGCGCAUCUAGCUAUUGUUUUUUUUCCUUUAGAAAACACUUUUGUUUUGCUAUUCUUACUAAUUAGACGUUUUCAGAUCGACUUUACUUUUACGUUUUUUUAACGGUAAAUAAUAUUAUAAAAUUUGUAAAUAUCAAUGAAACAUAAACCUUAUUUUUUCUAAAUUAUGGUUCUUGAUCGUUUGAUAUUUACAAACGUUAUUAUUAGGUGAAAAUUUAAUUUAAUAAAAACCAUAGUUCUUCAGGAUGACUUAGCUGUACCUAUUUAUGUAAAUGUUUUU